AGAUUUUUUAUUCAUUUUUUUACUUUAAGUUUUUAAGAUUGUGACUUUUUUUUCCUUUUUUUGUGACAUCAUAAGCCAUGGAGCUGGAGCAUUUAGAUAGUGGAGGGGUUAAACCUGAGAGGGGCAGCAAUCGUCUCUACAAGAUCGCUCUGGCCAUGUGUGUGUGUCUCUGUGUCGCUCUGCUGCUCGCUGUCAUACUGGUCUCUCAAAAGUCCAGUCAGGAGGAGUUCUGUCUGACACCAGAAUGCAUUGAAGCAGCGGGGUCCAUUCUGAGUAAACUGGAUCGGUCUGUAAACCCCUGCCAGGACUUCUACACCUUCUCUUGUGGAGGCUGGUUGAAGGAAAACCCCAUUCCUGAAGAUUCUUCCUCGUAUGGCAUCUACCCCUGGUUGCGGCAGCAUGUCGACGUCAAACUCAAAGAGUUAUUAGAAGCUCCAUCAGACACCAAUGAACUGCAAGCAGUGACCAAAGCUAAAAUCCUCUACCGCUCCUGCAUGAAUGAAGGUUUGCUGGAGGAGGUGGAUGCCAAACCGAUACUGAAGACUCUUAGAAAGCCGGAGUUCCGGUGGCCCGUGGUGGGCGCCGGGCUCGGGGGGGAUUAUCAGUGGUCGCAGUCUCAGUGGAAUCUCCUGAAGACGCUGGCAGCCAUGAGGAACCAGCACAGCAAGAGCGUCCUGCUCCGUCUGUACGUCCACGCCGACGACAAAAACUCCUCCCAAUACAUCAUCAAGCUGGACCAGGCUUCCUUGUCUCUGCCCUCCAGGGAAGAUUACACCACCAACACCUCCUCUGCUCAGGCGUAUCGUGCCGCCUUGCUCAGUCUCAUGGUGGAUGUGGCCGUCAUGCUGGGCGCCCCGGAGACCGAGGCCAGGACCCAGAUGGAAGAAGCUCUCGCCUUCGAGACCCAAGUUGCUCAUAUCCUGAUUCCUUAUGAAAACCGCACCAGUGAAAGUAUGUACAACAGAUACUCUCUGUCUCGUCUAAAGCGCUCCAUACCACAGUUUGACUGGCUGGGCUUUGUGAAAGCUGUGGUGGAGUCUGAGGACGAUCCCGCUCGCUCCAUCUCGUCCUCGGAGCCCGUCAUCGUCAGAGCUCCGCAGUAUUUCAAGGAGCUUUUCAAGCUCGUGGACAACACAGAUCCCAGGACGGUGGCCAACUACGUCCAGUGGAGGACGGUUUUUUCCAGCAUCACCACUCUGAGCCGACGGUUCCUGUACAGAUACCUCGACUACGCUCGGGUAACCACGGGAACCACCUCUCUGACCCCACGCUGGGAUAAGUGUGUUAAUUACGUGGAGAACUCCCUCGUUUAUGCCACCGGACGUCUUUUUGUCAACACACACUUCCAGGAGGACAAGAAACACAUGAUGGAGGAGCUGAUCCAGGGCGUCCGCUGGGCGUUCAUCGACAUGCUGCAGAAGGAGAAUGACUGGAUGGAUCCACCAACGAAGAAGAGAGCCAUAGAAAAGGCUCACGCAGUCCUGGCUAAGGUUGGCUACCCAGAGUUCAUUUUGAAUGACACCUACCUCAAUGAAGAUUUAAAACAGCUAAAGUUCAAUGAAAAGGAUUACUACGGAAACGUGAUGCAGACGCGGAGGUUGAUCGCCCAAUCAGAUGUCUCCUGGCUGCGAAAGAGCGUCCCGAGGACGGAGUGGUUUACGAACCCAACAACAGUGAACGCCUUCUACAGUUCGUCCACAAACCAAAUCAGAUUCCCUGCUGGAGAGCUUCAAAAACCUUUCUUCUGGGGAAGAGAGUAUCCAAGAUCUCUGAGUUACGGGGCCAUCGGAGUGAUAGUCGGACACGAGUUGACACACGGCUUUGACAACAACGGUCGUAAAUAUGACAAAAAUGGCAAUCUUGACCAGUGGUGGAGCAACUCCUCUGUAACGGCCUUCACAGAGAAGACUCAGUGUAUGAUUGAGCAGUACAACAACUACCACUGGGAGGAGGCCGGCUUAAAUGUUCGUGGUACGAGGACUCUGGCUGAAAACAUAGCAGAUAAUGGAGGAGUGAGAGAAGCUUUCAGGGCGUACAGGCGGUGGGUGGAUGAAAGCAGAGCUGGGGUGGAGGAGCCUCUACUUCCAGGAGUGGAACUAAACAACAAUCAGCUGUUCUUCCUGAGCUAUGCACAUGUUAGAUGUAAUUCAUACAGACCCGAAGCAGCCAGAGAACAGAUCCAGAGCGGCGCCCACAGUCCUCCAAAAUACAGAGUCAUCGGGGCGAUGAGCAACUACGACGAGUUCAGGAAAGCCUUCAGCUGUGAUGAUUCGUCAGUUAUGAACCGAGGAGCGCAGUCCUGCCGGGUCUGGUGAUCCCCGACCUCAACGUGACUCCAAACCAGACCUGAGCCGCCAGCAGGACGUCUGCUGAGCAGGUGGAUGAUGCUGGAUGAUGAAGACUUAGUUUACAUGAUAACAGAGCAGACACAGUCUGCCUCCUCGGAGACACUCGGACUCUCAUCCUUGUAUGAAGGAAACAUUUUGGAGACUGAAGCCAUUUUUAAUCGGCUGGUAAAUGCCCACGUUUGUUCCACAGGUAUGUUUGUUGUAGAUAAUGCAUAAAUAUGACUGAAUCCCUGUGUAAAGGACCAAGGUUUAA